AUGCGUGGGCGUGGGUCCCUGAUCUUGAUAUUCCAGUACUCUCUACAGACUCGAUUCAUUUUGAUGGUCCACAUGGGACAAAGGCAGCACCGCGGACCAAUAUUCAGGGGUGACGAUGCUCCCGCAAAAGUGUCUCCCUCCAAUGAUCGGGACGGGGUGAAGGGUCCCCCGCAAAAGUGCCGCCCUCCAAAGAUCGGGAUGGGGCGAAGACAGCAUCGCCGACUGGAACCUUGGAUCAAGCUGGCCCCCGCAAAAGUGUCUCCCUCCAACGAUCGGGACGGGGUGAAGGGUCCCCCGCAAAAGUGCCGCCCUUCAAAGAUCGGGAUGGGGCGAAGACUCAACAGAGCCCUGCAAAUAUCCUCCUUGCAAGCGGACGGGACGAAGGCCCCGAGGCAUGGCGCAGGCCUUUGCGUGGCCCUCGGGAUAAGUACCCGCUUCAACGCUCGCGACGGGGAAACCAACGUGCGCCCACACCCGGUAUCGUUCCACAUAUUGCUGCGCCCACUACGGCGGAUGAAGCAGAAACGAACAACACUCGAACAAGCGUCCAACAAGCAGAAGGCCUCACGCAGGAAGAAACUUGAAGGCGGCGACGAGAUGGCUUUGCGCUCAAACUGCUCUGGGAGUCUGCACGAGAUCAACGAGCGAGAGGCCCUGAGCGGGCGUCGCCAGUCGGAUCAGGGCAGCGCGCGGUUGUCGCCAGUCGUCGAGGGUGAAGAUGCGGGAGGAAUAGACGCCUGUCCGAGGACAUGGUCUCUUCCUCGACAACCUGCGUUUCUGCAUUCUACACCACGCUUUGUCGGGGUGCUGCUUCGUUCUCAGUAUGAAACUGCUGGCGAACGGGAUGAGUAUAAAGGCAGUCCUGGUAUGCUCUCGUUUUCUCCAGUCGUCGACAACACAACCCACUCAAGCAACAUGUCUGACACAGUCAAGUGCGCUAACGUCCAGGCCAACGGCGGCUCGUGCACCUAUCCGGCGUGCAAUUGCGCCGAGCCGCCCAAGAGCAAGUGA